AUGAAUCAUCUUCAUCUCUUCACCUAUUAUAAUUGUUUGUUAAGAUCAGUUGUUUGUUGUGCAAGAAAUAGAGAUAAAAAGAUGAACUUGAGACUGUCUCUUCUUCUUCUGAUCUUCUUCUUGGUUAAAUCAAAUCAAGGUUCCAUCUUCAAGACCUUCUCUGGUGUUCUCUCUCCCAAUUCUUAUCCUUCCUCAGUUGUCUUUCCUCUCUCCGGCAAUGUCUUCCCCCUUGGAUACUAUUCGGUCUCUCUUCAAAUAGGGAAUCCUCCAAAAGCCUUUCAAUUUGAUAUUGAUACUGGUAGUGAUCUUACUUGGGUUCAAUGCAAUGCUCCUUGCAAAGGCUGCACUGUGCCUCCUUCACUUCAGUACAUGCCUAAGGCAAAUAUUAUCCCGUGCUCAGACCCAAUCUGCUCAUCUCUUCACUGGCCUAAAAAGCCUGAAUGCCCAAACCCGAAAGAACAAUGCGACUACGAAGUUACUUAUGCUGAUCAAGGCUCAUCAAUGGGUGCACUUGUCAUUGACCAGUUUCCUUUAAAACUCCAAAAUGGCUCGUUUUUGCAACCCCGCUUAGCAUUUGGGUGCGGUUAUGAUCAGAGUUUUCCUAGUGCACAUCCUUCUCCCGCGACUGCCGGAGUUUUGGGCCUUGGGAGAGGAAGAAUCAGCGUCUUGACACAGCUUGUCUCCGCUGGACUAACGAGAAAUGUGAUUGGACAUUGCUUAAGCUCUAAUGGUGGAGGCUUCUUGUUCUUUGGAGAUAAUCUCAUUCCUUCCACUGGUGUAUCAUGGACACCAUUAAUGUCACAAGACAACCACUACACGACGGGACCAGCAGAGCUACUUUCCAACGGAAAGUCAACAGGAUUAAAAGACCUUAAACUCAUAUUUGACUCUGGAAGCUCCUACACUUACUUCAACAGCAAGACAUACCAAAAAAUAGUAAAUCUGAUUGGAAACGAUCUGAAAGACAAGCCGUUGAAGGAUGCGAAAGAGGACAAGACUUUACCAAUAUGCUGGAAAGGAGCUAAGCCUUUGAAAUCUGUUCUUGAGGUCAAGAACUUAUUCAAGACGUUAACAAUCAACUUUAUGAGUGGGAGAAGAAACACUCAGCUCCAGAUUCCACCUGAAUCUUAUCUCAUCAUCUCUAAAACUGGGAACGUCUGCUUGGGAAUACUAAAUGGAAGUGAAGUAGGCUUACAAGACUCCAACGUAAUCGGAGAUAUAUCUAUGCAAGGGGUUAUGAUGAUCUACGACAAUGAGAAGCAACAACUCGGAUGGGUUUCUGCAGAUUGUAAUAAAAUUCCCAAAAUAUGACAAAAUGAAUGAUUCACCACAUUAUAUGACUCUUUACAUAUUCACAAUUUAAGAUUCAUAUACAUUCAAUCGAAUGAACCAUUUACACAAGUUUGAGUUAUUAAAUUAACACCUUUAUGGAUA